UCUCCUCCUGAAGGGGAAGGUCACAGUGGUCCUUUGAGCCUGAAAUCGAAAGACCCCCUUCCCCCUCCUGGUCACGUGAUUCAUUAAAUAAUUAAUGCCGAGGUUGCAGAAUAGAUAUGUAUUCGUCAGGAAAAUCACGGGCUUGGUCUCCCUGUUUCUGACGUGCAAUUCAACUGUCCUUUGAAAAACAAGCCUGUACCCCGAGAAAAAAAGAGAGAGAGCCAGAUAGGGGGAGAGAGAGAAAAGAGAGAGAGAGAGAGAGAGAGAGAGAGAGAGAGGAAAAGAAAAGGAGACAGCAAUAAAAGCGCCCCGCAAGCCGGAGCCGCACCGCGGGCUGGCGUGUUGUAAGUAGAAGGGGUUUCUCACUACCUACCGCGUCUUCUGUGUCCAUGUAAAUUUAUUGUUUGUUAUUAAUGUUAUUGUCGUAAAGUGUGACAAAUAACCAUCUUCGCUUCCUGCCAUUUCUCUUCACACGGUGUGCUGUGUGUUUAUACCCAUUGAGGCAUUGCAUAGAGAUUUUAGGAAUACUUUCUCUCUCUCUCUCUCUCUCUCUCUCUCUCUCUCUCUCUCUCUCUCCAACCUUUUUCUUGAUUUAUAGCAAUAUGGGUGUCAGCUUCUCCUCCUCGGCCCGCAUGCCAACCAUUGUGUGUUUGCGCGUGCGUCUGCGUGUGUUUGUGGGUGACUUGCGUUGUUUAUGGCCAUGUCUUGGAUAAAUCAUUUCUCAAGGAAAAUGAUGUGGGAGCUUGGCCGUUUCCGCGGCUGGGAGGCCGGGACAGAGUCGUUCUCUCCGAGGUCCUUCUCUCCCUUUGCUCGCAGGAGCUGGUUAUUUCAAUUUGCAGUAAUAGAUCAGCAGUUAAUAUGAAAACUGUAGAGCUAGAGGUCUUCAAUUACAGCAUCUGCGACCAUCAAUUAAGGCGGGAUUUGUAUAAAUUUGGUAAACCAGAAGCGCCUCGUUGGCAUAGAAACCCAUUCACGGACCACGACCUCAUGUAAAAACUGUAUUUCUGAGCCCGAGAGAGCCAGCAAAGAGGCUGCAUGUCUCCGUGACUGUCCUCUGGGAGUCUGGCUUCUCCAGCUCCCCUGGCCUGAGCGAACCAAACUCAACUCCAAAAGCCAAGGAGCCCCGGCCCAGGGCUGGAGAGCUGGCGGUGGAGGAAUUAACUGUGGGUGAAAGCAAAGAUGUUUGGAAUGGACAGGGACCCCGUCAAAGUUUUCUGUAGCUGUAACUGCAACCGGAUGGAUGGGAGGGAUCAGUGGAGUUUUACAGCUUCAUUUGCAGGUCUGAUGCUGUGGCGGUGUUGGGGUAGAGAAGGAGCCACCCAAAUUGAGGGGAGGCAGUGGAGGCCGGCAAGGGGUGAAGGGCAGAGAGAGCCGCUGAGAGCCUGGCUCCCCACUUUCCUCCUGGCUAACAAAACGAGGAGAUGAAUUCACACCCCACAAGCCUCCCUUACACCUAAAACAAAGAGAAGUUUCCUAGGCAGUGAGAGACUCUGUGUGUCUGGGCUGAAGUGUGUGUGUGGUUUUCUAAAGUUUUUUCUAGAAGAGAAGUGUUCUAGGAAUCAAUCAGGUGACCCCAAGAAGCUGGAGGGUGUUCAAGGACAUGGGAUGUGUUCCCGCACUUAAGCCCCCAUCUUUCAAAGAGGGGGAUCUCGGGGUGCAGUUGAAGAGGGGACAGCUUUUUUCUAGGGUUUCCUGUGGUGGUUACAGGAGCUGAUCAAGAGCAAAGCCUGAGAGGUGGCUUCUGGGGAUGACCGACCUGUAUGGUGCCCCAGAGUGGUGACAGGGAUGCGUGGGGGCAGAAGCCCAGCCCGGCUGCUGGCUGCUGGUCUCUGGCUGGAGCGGGGCCAGCUGACUUUAUAGCCAGUAUCAUCUGUGCCACUUAACUCUGUCUGCUAGUGUAAACCUUGGAGCAGGCAAAUUAGGGCAAGCCGGGCCAGGUGUUAAUUAUUCAUGGCCCAGCCCUUGCUCACUCCCACGGGCUGUCACUGUCACUGUGGAUGCUGAGUCCCUUCCUCUUUAAGAGGAGAUUAUGGGGACUGUGAUGGGUGAAGCCCCUGGAGGGGCUGGGGAAGACACCCCGGACCUGGGAGGAGUAGGGGCGCCAGGUCUUUCUGUCCUAUUCCCCUUCAGUCCUGAGGGUUGGCAGAUCCCCCUCUCAUGUGUGCCUGUGAGGGAGGUGAGCGGAGUUUCCACUUCUUCAUGUGGGACACGAGGUGUGUAAGGUGUGGAAAAGUGGGAGAGUGAGUUCACUCCCAACUGGUGCUUCAGAAUGGAGGCCCAAGACAAGGGGGAGAGGACCCCUCUUCCCUAGGAUGCAAGAGGGCCCAGAAGAAGGAAGAGAGAGCAUAGACUUACUUGUGUUAGCUUCUGAAUUCAGUUGGCUUUGGAGGAUGGAAGACAAAAGGGGUAUGGUGGGGGGUGGGGACCUGAAAGAUCGCCCUUUGGGCCAGGCCAGGUGGCAGGGGAACUGGUGGGAGCAGACCCACAGGGCCUAGCCCUGUCCCCACCCCCUAUACACCCUGGCCUGGCCUGUGGCACUCUCACUCUUCCUGUCCACUCCACCAGCCCCCUGGGGUCUUUGUCUCCUCUGGCCUUGGGGAGGUGGCACAGAUGCCCCACCCCUUCCCUCCCCCAACUGCACACUGAUGCCCCAAGAGACAAAGCAGGGGGACCAUCCCUGGCCACUGUUAUCUUUCAGUCUCUGGCCCCUUCCCUGUACCUCUGUGUGAGGCCUGAUGCCCUCUCUUCAGCCGCCUGGGCCGACCCCCAAUCAGCAAGCUUGAAAGGCCCUGGUUGUUUUCUUAAGUUUAUUGGCACUUGGCUCCCCAAGCCCGGGAGCACCCUGUCUUUUGCCCUGUGUGUACCCCAUCCCAUCCCUCUGAGCUGAGUCUGUGUCCUUCGGGGAGAGGGGCGGAGAGAGGGGCGAUGGUGCCUGAGGUGCCCUGGGUCUCUGUCUACCCAUGGGCCUGGCAGCCAGAGCAUCUGAAGAUGUGGGUGGGAGUGGAGCUGAAGGAUGAGGAGACACCAGGCAGAGGCAGCAGCAGGCUCCCUUCUGGCUGGGAAGUCAAGGCUGAGCCCAAGGGGACAGGGAGAGUGGGCCACAAAGGGCAGACCACAGAGAAGCAGACACACAGCGCCCGGACCUGGACGCACGGCACAGGGAGGGAGUGGAAGGGAAGCCACCCACUGUGCAGGACAGUCUGUCCAGGGCAGAGAGUGGGUUUCUCAUCAAGAAAGGGUCCGAGGCCGGGAGGACAGAGUGGCUUCCUGAGUGAUUACUGGAGACACUUACGAGUCCUCAGUGCGCCUCAAUUCAGAUUCACUUGGAAUGCAGAGAGAGGCAGGGCCGGGAAGACAAAGCAACCAGGACUGGAGGGAGGGUUUAGGGGAGAGAGAGGGGCGCCAGCUAGAAAGAGAGACAGACAGACGCAGAGAGGAAGAGAAAGAGGGAGAGACGGAGAAGAAGAACCCAGCCCCUGGGGUGCAGACACUCGGGGCCCCUCCAGAAGCCAGGUCGCUGUUUUUCUCUGCACAGCCAGCUCUCUCCACAGGAAGCUGAGGCUCCUCAGGAGGAGCCCCCAGAGUGGGUCCUGGGGGCCUACAUCAGGCUCCAGGCAGCUGGCGUAGGAGCCCUAGUGCCAGGAAAAGGCCGAGGCGUCCCAGACAGGACACUUGGGUCACCACCUCCACCGGCCACCACCGGUCACUAAAUCAUCGCGGCCUGAGUUUUCCAGAUUCAUCCGGGAGGGGAGAGGAUGGGCCGGCCUCUCACACUUGGGCCCGGCGUCCUCCCGGCUUUUCAUCCUCCUGCUCCCCCAGGGUUCGUUGUCUCCUUUGCCUCUCCAGGGAGCAGGAGACCAAUGCCACUCCUCCCUGCAGCCCCAGACUUGGUUCCCAGAGGCCUCGCUUCCUGCGUCCCCUCCCAGCCCGUCCUGCAGGAAGGCAGAGAAAAGGGACGGCUCCUGGCAGCCUUAGGAACCCGGAGGGAAGCGAGCCUGCCCUGGCCCCGCAGUGCUCCCCGCGUGGCCCCGCUCCGCCCUGCCCUGCCCUGCCCUGCCCUGCCCGUCUCCGCAGGGCCGGCUCGGACAUAUGGAACCCAUUUCGCCGGUGACAUUGAAGAGCCGCCUUCCGCCGCGGCGCCCCCUGCGCCUGGCCGCGCCCCCGCCACUCCACUCGCGAUCCCCUCGCCCGGCGACUCGGCUCUGGAAGGCACAGCCCGGCUCGGGGCCACACGGGUCCGGGCUCCGCAGCCCCACGCGGGCCGAGGCGGGGCGGGACCCCGGGCGUCUCCUCCGCAGCGGGCGCAGGGCCGCGCGCGCCUCGGACCCCGAACAAAGCCGCUGGGGCGGGCGCGGGGCGGCGAUCGCGGCCUCUCCCCACCCCCUCGCCGCCGGCGGGGCGCUGCGGGGCCCGGGCAUGCGGACGGCAGAGGCGGCGGAGUCCCGCUCGGGGCCCAGGCUCCCGGGCCUGGCCAGCGGUUCCCGCGCGCCCCCUGCGCGGCCGGCCCACCCGCAGCUGCCCUAGCGGGGCGCGCACAGGAGGGGAGAUUUCUCGCCUGCCGCUCGCGCUGGGGCUCGGUGUGAAUAUAUAUUAUGUCUGCCUGUUCUCCCCUCGUCGGUGGCUAAGGUAAGCCGGGCUGAAUAGGCUCUCAGUUUGUGAAUGGCGGAGAGUAUGUCUCAAUGAUUUAUGGCCCAUAUGACUCCAAUCUCGGUUCAAGAAGAGUUCACAGCUUUAAGCUUCCUUCCACGCAGCCACUGCCUCUCUCUCCCUCUCUCUCCCCCUCUCCCUCCCUCCCUCUCUCUCUCCCUCUCCCUCUCUCUUUCUGCAUCUCUCCUUUCCUUGCUUUUCUUCCAACAGCCGGAAAGAUCCAGGGCUGAGUUUGCUCCCCGGUUGCCAAGAAGAAGCCGAACCUUUUCCUCUCGGUCUCUGUCUCUCUCUCUGGCUGUCUCUCUUGUUCUUUUUCUUCCAUUAAUUUUUUAAGUCCUGGAAGGUGGCCUGUUUUCUCUCCUGGGGCUUCUCCAGCUAUUGUUACCGUCCUUGGCUCUCCUGGGGGUGUGCCUGGCAAGGUGGGGUUCUUGGGGGAGGAGGUGAUACCUCCUCUUUCCAGCGGCACCCAGGGGGAAAAGCUGGGCGCCACCGUCUCCCUCCCACCCUUCGCAGGAGCCAUAUGGAGCCUGAAUUUUUCCAACAUGGAGGCGAGGGAAAUAGACGUGUUUGGCUGGGUAGAGCUGCUCCCCACCCGCCUUCUCCCCUAGUCCAGAUCUCAGAUCCCCUCAGCACCCUCUCACCGGUCCCCCCAGCCAGGCCUCCGCUCCCUCCAACCCAGCCAGGCCGAGGCAAAGUUGCCCGGGCGCCUUUUAAUCCGGUUACCUCCAGAGCCCAAACUUGCCGCCACCACCACCUCCACAGCCACCGCCGCCUCGGGGUGGGCUGGGAACCUGCCGCUGGUCGCUAACCACCUUGGUGUCCGGAUGGCUUUCUCUUUCCCCUUCUUGGCCCGGCCAGCCAUAAAGGUAGCUGGUUGCCAGCCACUGACAACAGCAGCCGCCACCGAGGAGACAGCCUUGUGACUGCAGUGGCAGCAGCCAAACACUGUCCCGCUGCAAAACCCUUCCAGCCCGGUGUCACCGCCGGCAGCCUCCAUUCUUUGCUUUCAGUCUCUGGCUCCCGAGCCUCUGCGCUGAAGGUUUGGGGUUUAUUACAGGGGGAGCGACAGAAAUUUCGGCCCCCCCCCGGGCGUCUGGUCAAAUUAUUGUUUUAUUAUUAUGACCACCAUCAUCAUCAUCAUCAUUGCUGUAACAAUCACUUAGACUAAAUAAAGCCAGGGCCAGCCAGCUAACCCCUCCAAGGUUUUUAUUUCAUUCUCUAUCUAUUAAUAACAAACUCAACUGACGCCUGUUAAUUAAUUCCCCUUUCAGCCAGGGCCACUUGGAAGCUAAUUUUGGUUAAAUCAUCAGAGGCCAAUAGUAAUAAUAAUAAAGGGAUUGGGUCAGCCUGGUCAAUUGAACUCCAGUUCUCCCUGGAAGGACCUCCUGCUUGGUAGACCCUUGUGUACUUCCAGAAACAAUUUUUUUCCCUCAGAAACCAAUCGGAACUCAGGGCCACCCAGACUCCCUUUCCAGUAUAAAUCUGUGCCACUGAGACCGAGAAGGGGAUUUAUGUGUGGGAGGGACUUCCUCCACCUGGACUCCUUCUAUCUCAUUUCCCUGAUUUCAGUGUCCUUUGGAGUUGACCAGCAGGCUGAAUGCCAUUUAAGUUUUCCCAGUGCACAUGACAGAGGAGAGGAGCAGAAGGACAUUUUAUGGAAAGUGCCAGGGACUGGGCAGUCAGAAGUUUCAGACAAAUACACAAAAUUCUGUGGCAACCCGGCUCUUUAUUUUGCUGGCAUACUUUGAUAAGGCUGCAUUAAAAUACCGAUUUUAUUUUUAUUUUUAUUUGUGCCUCAGGGACCCCCAGGAAACAGGGGUACCCUCUGUUUCCAACUCAGACCAUCAUGCUGUUCAAAUUGCUUUUUGAUUUUUUUUCCUCCACUAAUCCUCUGUUAGAAGGCACUUUUCCCGUCUUAGUAGAAACGUUCAACAGUUACCCGAUUUCUUUUUUUCUUCUUCUUUUGGAUAAAUCAAAACAGAAUGUCAAGAAAAUGAUGGGGGGAACUGUCAUGUUUAGAGAUGGAGGAGAGACUUGGGCCACAUCCACAGAGCACGGAGCUCUGCCUGGGACGUGGAAACAACCCUGCGUCCCCUUGGAAGCUCCCUGGGGCUGCUGGCUGCAGGGUCCCAGGCCUGGCUGGGCAGAGAGUGCCAGGGAUGGUGGUACCUGCAGCAGGGCCGCGGAAGGAGGAGUUUCUGGGUCUCUCUGUGGUCCUCUUUGUGCAGGAGGCAGACGGGAGAGGGGACCUCCCGGAGCGGUCCCCUGAACUUGCUUCCUGCAGGCUAGACUGUCUAGGAGACGGCUGGCCAGGGAGGCAGCGCGGCCUCUGGGUGCAAAGGAGCGCUUCAGCACGCUCUUAUGUGGCAGUCUGCGGGUGCUCGGCCCAGCCACCCUAUCCCGGAGUUGGGGGAGGUUAGCGGAGGGAGUGGGAGAGGCAGGGCCGGGCACAGGCGGGGCAGUGGGCCGUGCAGCGUGCUAGCUAGGGCUGUCGUCCCAGGCAAGCCCCACAGGAGUAUUCGCCUGAUUUUUUUAAGUGGAAAUGAAAACUGGCGGGCAUUUUUUUUUCUCUUUAAAGUCAAAGCAUUUAAGUAGGAAAACUCCCAUUUCGGGGCCAGAGAUUUGGCCUCAGCAAUUGCUCCGGAGACGCUGGGGAAGGGAGAAGAAAAAAAAAAACAACCCCUAUUGCUGUCAGUUCCCUUUUCAGUUGCUAAGAUGGAUUCGAGUUCCAGUCCUCUUCCCCCUUGUGUUUCUUCUCUCGCCCCGCAGGUCAGCCAGCUCGGAACAGACCCGGGAGGAGGGGGGCAGAGUGUGUGUGGGGGGGUCCAGCGUGUCACGUGACCCCCAGGGGUGCCAAUGUCCGGUCGUGAGGGUAUCAGGCCCUUGCGAGUUGCCACCUACUGCCCGGGCCUCGCCCAGCGAUGCAGAAAGCCACCUACUACGACAACGCCGCGGCUGCGCUCUUCGGAGGCUACACCUCGUAUCCGGGCAGCAAUGGCUUCGGCUACGACGGGCCCCCCCAGCCCCCCUUUCAGGCCACCACGCACCUGGAGGGUGACUACCAGCGUUCGGCGUGCUCGCUGCAGUCUUUGGGCAACGCCGCCCCCCACGCCAAGCACAAGGAGCUCACCGGCAGCUGCAUGAGGCCCGGCCUGGCCCCCGAGCCCCUGCCCGCCCCACCGGGCUCGCCCCCGCCCAGCGCCGCACCCACUAGUACCACUAGCAACAGCAGUAACGGGGGCGCGCCCGGCAAAAGCGGGGCCCCCAAGUGCGGGCCCGGCUCCAACGCCACCCUCACCAAACAGAUAUUCCCCUGGAUGAAAGAGUCGAGGCAGACAUCCAAGCUGAAAAGCAGCUCCCCCGGCACAGCAGAGGGCUGCGGCGGCGGCGGCGGCGGAGGAGGCGUAGGCGGCGGCGGCGGAGGGAGCAGCGGCGGUGGGGGCGGGGGCGGGGACCGCAGCCCCCCGGGCUCGGCGGCGUCCAAGCGCGCGCGCACGGCGUACACGAGCGCGCAGCUGGUGGAGCUGGAGAAGGAGUUCCACUUCAACCGCUACCUGUGCCGGCCGCGCCGCGUGGAGAUGGCCAACCUGCUGAACCUCAGCGAGCGCCAGAUCAAGAUCUGGUUCCAGAACCGGCGCAUGAAGUACAAGAAGGACCAGAAGGCCAAAGGGCUGGCCUCGUCGUCCGGGGGUCCCUCUCCGGCCGGCAGCCCCCCGCAGCCCAUGCAGUCCACAGCCGGCUUCAUGAACGCCUUGCACUCCAUGACCCCCAGCUACGACAGCCCGUCCCCGCCCGCCUUCGGCAAAGCCCACCAGAAUGCCUACGCGCUGCCCUCCAACUACCAGCCGCCGCUCAAGGGCUGCGGCGCCCCGCAGAAGUACGCCCCGACCCCGGCGCCCGAGUACGAGCCCCACGUGCUGCAGGCCAACGGGGGCGCCUACGCCACGCCCGCCUUGCAGGGCAGCCCGGUGUACGUGGGCGGGGGCGGCUACGGGGAGCCGCUGCCGCCCCCUGCCGGGCCCUCCCUCUACGGCCUCAACCACCUCUCCCACCACCCCCCGGGGAACCUGGACUACAACGGGGCACCCCCGAUGGCCCCCAGCCAGCACCACGGACCCUGCGACCCGCACCCCACCUACACAGACCUCUCCUCUCACCACGCGCCUGCUCCUCAGGGUAGAAUCCAAGAAGCGCCCAAGUUAACACACCUGUGAUGGGACGGGGCUGCCAGGGGCAGGGGUGAGCAGGGGGGCGGCUGUGGAGCUCUGUGCAGGGGUGCAGGGAGGCGAUCACCAGGCCUCCCGGGCCUGGGGCUCCUUCCCUUCCCACCCCUUCGCCCAAGGGGUCCUCCACCCCCUGGUUCCCUCUGCCUGCCAACCCUUCAGGAAGGAAUUCACAGCAGAUUGGAUCUGACCCCCCAGGAGCUCCAGGGCUCCAGCGCUACCAAGUUGGAAUUCCGCGCUGCAGAGGGGCUGGGGUAGAGGAGGACAAGCUACGAGCUGGGAGGCAGAGAAGCACAGUCAGAAAAGCAAACAAACACAAAAAAAGAUGGCUCCGCAGGGCAGGCCAUCACCAACCACCAACUUACCUUCCAUCUCUCUGGGUUAUUCCCCCAACUCCUGGUAUUUCCCCCUCUUUCCCCUUUAAGAAAGCGAGAAAACACGUUGAAACCCAAGGGCACAAAGCAUGCUCCCCUCCCGCUUCCCUGAGCCUCGGCUGGCUCUGCCUCUGCCGGAGGUUUCUCUGUUUGUAGCCCCACAGCGUUCACACCUACACCUCACCCCCGCCAGGGACAGUGUUCAGAGGGCUCAGGGAUGGGGACAGAUACAGAAAGUCAGAGCUGCCUAGAGUAUAAAUAUAUAUAUUUUUUCUUUGAAGGAAAAGUCAGGAGGCCCAGGCAGGCAAGGACUGAAAUUUUGCCUGCCCUGGGGCCCUGUCUCAGCUACUGAUCCAUCCCCCUCUCUCUGCAGAAAGCAAUCAGCCACAUGAAAUUUUUCCACUUUUCUUCUGUUACUCUCUUGACUUAACGUGAAAACAGGGUAUAUUUGAACAAACUGUUUGUCCCAGGCAGGGGCUGCAGCAGGGCCUGCGGGUCUAGCUCAGCCGGCUGCUGCCUGACAGGACACUUCUGUUGCACUUAGAGUUUACAUUUUAAUGGGUAUAAAAACAACUUCGAGAGAUGCCUGGGCUUGCAGAAGCCCAGCAUUGCUCAAAAAGCGUGUGUUCUAGUGAACAUUUUCAUAUAUAUUUAUUGGUUAUAGCCUGUUAAAAUAUUUUCUUUUUUGUAUUAUUUAUCCCCCUACAUUAUGUAUUUAUAUAAAAGAAAAAACCUGUACUUUUUUAGUAUUUACUUGUUAUAAAGGACGUUGUGUUUCCUGUCAUGUAAAACCAGCUAUUUUAGUUUUUGUUGUACUCUAGAAAAAGAGCUGUAGGUUUAUGUUAACCUCGUACUUAUGAGCGAUUGUAAUUAGUUCUAAACGGCAUGAAACCCAGCUCCCAAGCGUCACUGUAUAGUCCUGAAUUUGUAGCUGUUAGUUAAUUCCCUGCUGGAACUUUCUUUGUUCUUCCGUAGUUCCUUUUUUUCCUUACUUAAAAGGGUUGUCUGUCAAACAAUUCUGGAAUAAACUUUCUGUUAUCAAUUUUA